UGUUAUUCUUACUAAUACUCGGUUUUUUUGAGACACACGUCCGAGGGUGGAAAAGCCUCUUUUCACCUCUGCAAGAGUUGAUUUUCUCGUAGAAAGCUCCCAGUCCUUCUAUAUACCUUACGACACGGAACGCCAAGAUGGGUUUUUGGGGCAGAAAUACUUUUAAAGUGAAAGGAAAGAACGUUAUUGUAACGGGAGGAUCUCAAGGACUUGGAAAAGCAAUUGCAAAGGAAUUGGUUCUUCGUGGUGCAAACGUUCAUAUUGUUGCUCGAACAAUUUCAACAUUACAACAAGCCGCGGAUGAAUUGAAGCAGUUCACGGUUCUUCCCGACCAAGUUGUUGCCUUUGAAAGCGUGGAUUUGACGAAUAAAUAUGCUGUAAAAGAGUACAUUGACAAUUUGCCUUUCUGCCCUGAUCAUGUCCUGAGCGUCGCAGGAUCGUCGAAACCCGGCUUCUUUGCUGAAAUGGAUUUGGAAACAUUCGAGAAACAAAUGCUCCAAAACUAUUUCAGUACCGUGUAUGUGUGUCAUGCUGUCAUCAAUCGGAUGCGCAAAUGCCCAGUCCCAUACAACAGACGUAUUCUUCUUACUUCCUCUAUCACAAGCGUCUUGCCCAUAGCUGGAUAUUCUGCUUAUUCACCUGCAAAGGCCGCUAUGCGUGCUCUCGCAGAUACUCUUCGACAAGAAUGCAUCAUGUACGACAUUGAAGUCUGCAUUUACCUUCCUGCCUCUAUUUCUUCCCCGGGUUUUGAAGAAGAAAAUAGAAUUAAGCCCGAACUCUGUAAGAUUCUGGAAGACAGAGACCCCGUUGCAACUCCUGAAGAAGCUGCUCGUCGCUGCAUGUCUGGUUUGGACCAUGGAGAUUUCCUUAUUACAAGCAAUUUAAUCGGCGAUUUGAUGAAAAAUCGUGUACGCGGUGCUAGUCCACAAGAUAAUUUGCUUCUUGAUACGAUUGGUACCGUAAUUUCCUUUUUCGGUUGGCCCCCUUUCAGACGUGAUUUGGACAGCUCCGUUUAUAAAUACGCAAUCGAACAUCAAAUGCGUUGUCCUAGAAUAGAGCGAUCCAACACAUUCCCCUCUCUCGCGGUGAUCCUCUUGCAUCUCGUUUUGAUUUACUUUUCGUUUCCAAACUUGGUGCAAUCUCCUGUCCCGACCUUAACGAAGAUGGUACCUUCCCUGUUCGCUCUUCAAUUGAUUCAGGUAUGGCUACAACGGCCAAAAGUGAAUGGAAUAUUACCUUCUAUGGCGACCGCUAUUCUAUCUUCUUUGGGUGGCAGUGUUCUUAUUCAACUCAUUGUUGUCGCUUUCGGUGCUCCAUUAAUGAAGAACUAUCUGAAGACAUUUCUGUGCUCGGUAAUCCUAUCACUCCUUACAGUUUUCCCAAUUUCCUUCUAUACACGUUUUGACUUCCGACGUUGGAGAAAUGUUCUCACUCUCCAAGGUCAAGAUUUUUGUGGAAGUUUGGUUUAUCGAGCAUGGGGAGUCGUGAUUGGAGCAUGGUUAGGCGCCAUUCCUAUUCCUUUGGAUUGGGAUCGUCCUUGGCAGGCUUGGCCUAUUACCGUGGUGACAGGCGCUUUUCUAGGAUAUGGCUUCGGGGGUCUUAUCGGUGAACUCUUGAAGUAAUCGACUCCAAUCACUUUGGAGAUGUGUUGCUGUUACCUUGCCGUCGGUAUCUGCUUUUUAUUUUGUUUAUACUUUUUAGCUGCCGAUAACAAGGUUAUGGAGCAUUUCCAGUAUGAAAAAUGUGAUUUUUUUUUAUUAGUUCAUUUCAGAUGUGGUUUCUGAAAAUGCCUUUAUGUUUACUGACUCGCUUUCUUCAUUUCUGCAAAUACUCUCGUCGGGACUGUGUCCUUCAGCAAACAAAGAAUCCUCGGCUAUAUAGGUUAGCAUUCUUACAGUCUGGGGAAAAUAUAGAAAAAAAACUAACAAACCUUUUUCAAUU